AAUAUGUCAUUGUCAUAUCAACAUUUUUCACUUUAUUUUGUUGUUCAACAAAGUUAUUUAUAAUGUUCUUAGAUAUAUUUUAUUAUGGAAAGUUAUCAACUCGAAUAUGACAAGAGCGAUUUGUUGUCUGACACCUUUUGGAGAACACCACAGCGCGCGUACCCGGGUAGACCUCUACAAAGAGUCGGUCAGACCGAGGUUAUGUCUGGCUCGGGAUCAUCAUAUCAACAGUUCCAGGCGUCUGUGAACGAUGCCUGGGACCUGGGCGACGACGACAUCGUCUCCGGAAUUGCAGAAACGAAAAUAUCUAAGGCGAUAUCACAAACCGCCGCAUUAAACGUGAUUAAUUCACAUAGAAAUAGUAGUAAAAAAUUGAGUGACAUACAAGAGACUGAAAAUGUGAAAUCCCGUGAUGAAGCGAGGAAGAAUGAGGUUAGGAAAGUUGGUGGAGGUUCUGGGGGAUCCUCGGGGCCAAUGCGCCAUUAUCCGGGCCGUCCGCGGGCUGUUAGGCCGUCGGCUUUGUUGUCUAGAGAAGAGAGUAGUGAAUCGAAAUUGGAAAGGUUCCAGCAAAUACAUGAGAGCGCUGUUGUUGAUCUGAAUGAGUUGAAACAUCUCAGUUGGUCUGGAAUUCCAGUUAAGGCCCGUGCGAUUACAUGGCGCCUGCUCGCCGGCUACCUGCCAGCGAACUCGGAGCGGCGUGCGGAAACUCUGGAGCGCAAGCGGGCGGACUACAAGCACCUGGUGCGCCAAUACUACGACGCGGAGCGGGACGACGACACUUACAGACAAAUACACAUCGACAUACCGCGGAUGAGUCCGCUCGUCGCGCUGUUCCAGCAGAGCACCGUUCAGGUGAUGUUCGAACGAAUACUCUACAUAUGGGCGAUCCGGCACCCGGCCUCAGGGUACGUGCAAGGCAUCAACGACCUGGUCACGCCAUUCUUCAUGGUGUUCCUACAGGAGGCCGCCCCCGGCCAGGAGCUGGAUAACUUCCCCCUGGACAAGCUGACGGAGGCACAGCGCGACGUCAUCGAGGCGGACUCGUUCUGGUGCCUGUCCAAGUUCCUGGACAGCAUACAAGACAACUAUAUAUUUGCUCAACUCGGCAUUCAGUAUAAGGUGAAUCAGUUGAAGGAUCUGAUCCGCCGCAUAGACCUGCCCCUCCACGAGCACCUCCAGACCCACGGCGUGGACUACCUCCAAUUCUCAUUCCGUUGGAUGAACAACCUGCUCACAAGAGAGAUACCCCUACCUUGCACCAUCCGUCUAUGGGACACGUACCUCGCUGAAUCGGACGGAUUCGCCACGUUCCAGCUGUACGUAUGCGCGGCCUUCCUCCUCCACUGGCGGGAGCGGCUCAUGCUCGAGAAGGACUUUCAAGGACUCAUGAUAUUACUCCAAAACGUACCAACGCAGAACUGGUCAGAUUCGAACAUUAGUAUCUUAGUUGCCGAGGCGUACAGGCUAAAAUUCGCGUUCGCCGACGCCCCCAACCAUCUGCACAACGCUGGCAAGUCAGACAGAUGACCUGGGGGCCUGGAGACUCCAUUGUACACAAGUCGUAAUAGAAUUUGCAUUGUAUAACCCACCCAUGUGAAAUGUA